UCUUUAUUUUAAUUCUCCCGGCUUAUUUUGUGUGUUUUUUUUUUGGUUCGUUUCGUUUCAUCUCUACGUGCACGAAGAACGUGGCCCAUAGUCGCUGCUAUGUGGCACAAUUUCUUCUGAAAUUCAUCGCGUUUAAACAUAUAGAACAGCAUAAAAAAACACGAGAAUGACGAUUAUUGAAGAAGACAGAAGUUGAAAAGUUGUCAAAAAGCACUUUCACGUGCAAAGAGAGUGCAAAGUAGAAAAAUAAACAAAACAAGUGCGAAGUACUACUUGACAGAUGAAAAAUACAGAGCAAUUAAAAAAAAGAAAGGAAUUGUAAAACAAUGAUGUAAUCACAGAAAUAUGCUCUGUGUACUUAAAUGUGAAGCGAAAAUGUUAAUUAAAAAAAUUUCUCAGUGAUUUUUAAAAAGUUUUAAAUUAAUUUUUUUACAAAAACUCUUAAAAAAUGGACAAUUCGGUAAAGCCCACGAAAGAAAACCCCAAAAAGGGUUCAAAUCCGCUCUCGAAACUCAUCUUUGGAUGGAUAUUUCCGUUAUUUUUCCAAGGCACAAGGCGAGGUUUGAACACGGAUAAUCUCACAAAAUGCUUGGAUAAAGACGAAUCUGAAAUGCUGGGCAAUAAAUUAGAAGUUGCAUGGGACAAAGAACAAGAAAAAGCACGCAACAAAAACCGCGAACCUCAGCUCCGAAAUGCACUUUUCCAGGUUUUCUUCAAAUACUGCCUUUUCGAUGGAUUUCUCAUCUUUUCCUUCUGCCUUAUAAAAAGUUUCCAACCGCUCGUAUUGGCACAACUUUUAUUACAAUUCCAAAAAACGAAUUCAUCGAUGCCUGAAUCGACUCACAACGCUCGCUUGACUCCCAUUCACGACGACGAAUCAAUGUCAAUUUUCGUUGAGGAAGAUUCUUACCCGAAAAUUCACAGUUUGGAGGAACUUUCGGUGCUUGAGAAAAUUUUCGCAUGGGUCGUUUUCGCCUGGAACGAUGUUUAUUGGUUGACGUCGCUUGUCGUUUUGAUGACUCUUGUGCCUUGUUUCCUUGCGCAUCACGCGAAUUUGUCACAACGGAUGUUAGGCGCCCGUAUGAGAAUUGCUUGUUGCAGCGCCAUCUACCGGAAAACGCUGCGAAUGUCGAAAAAGUCCGCCGGACAGACGCCAAUCGGGUAUUUGGUGAAUCUCUUGUCGAACGAUGUGUCGCGAUUCGACGAUUGUUUGGUUUUUAUUCAUUACGUGUGGAUUUUGCCCUUUCAAAGUUGCAUAAUUUGCUAUCUUCUGUGGCGGGAAGUGCGAUGGGCAGCUCUCGUUGGUGUCGUUGGCUUGCUUUUGAAGACAAUUCCGGUUCAAACGGGACUUUCGCGACUGUCGUCGGUGCUGCGGAUGAAAGUUGCGAAACGCACGGACAAUCGCGUCGGCAUCAUGAACGAAAUUAUCCAAGGAAUCCAAGUCAUCAAGAUGUAUGCGUGGGAAACGGCCUUCGAGAAAGUUGUCGCCGUCGCUCGUAAAAAGGAAAUUACUCAAAUAAAAUUUGCCAGUUACAUUCGUGGCAUCUACUUGAGCACGAUGAUUUUCACGGAACGCAGUACGUUGCUCAUUGCCAUCGCGACAUGCGUCUUUAUGGGCGAAAUUCCCCUCACGGCAGACAUUGUCUUCUCCAUGGCGCAAUAUUUCAACAUUUUACAGCUAACUGCGGCGAUUUUUUAUCCCAUGGCGGUUAGUUUGGGUGCCGAAGCGCUCGUUUCGGUCAAACGGGUGCAAGAAUAUCUCAUGGUAGAGGAGCAAGAUACGGUCGUUGUUGGUUUGCAUAAAACAGAAAGAACUCCAGAAACGCCGAAAGACGAGCCCGAAGUCAAGAUCAAGAACGUGACGGCAAUGUGGGAUCCGAAUUCCGACAAAAAAACGUUGAGCGAACUGAAUAUCGAGAUAAAGUCGAAUAAAUUGUGUGCGAUUAUUGGGUCGGUUGGCGCAGGAAAAUCUUCGUUACUGCAAUUGUUGCUGGGUGAACUUCCAAUUUAUGCGGGAGAUGUUUAUAUUCCGGAUUCUAUUUCGUAUGCGAGUCAGGAGCCGUGGUUGUUUACGGGAACUGUCAGGCAAAAUAUUCUCUUUGGAUUGCCCUACAAUAGAAAGAGAUACCGCGACGUCGUAACUCACUGCGCCCUCCUCACCGACUUCGAACAACUCCCAAAUGGCGAUCAAACCAUCAUCGGAGACCGUGGCGCUGCCUUAAGUGGCGGACAAAAAGCUCGUGUCAACCUCGCGCGUGCUUGUUACAAAGAAGCUCAAGUCUACCUACUCGACGAUCCUCUCAGCGCCGUCGACAGUCACGUUGGCAAACAUCUUUUCGAACAAGUAGCUGGUCCCAACUCCUACCUGGCGUCUCAAAAAGCGACGAGAAUUUUGGUAACGCAUCAAGUUCACUUUUUAAAGGAAGCAGAUUGGAUCGUCGUCCUCGACGAAGGAAAAAUUUUGAUGCAAGGAACAUUUUCGGAUCUCGCCAAGAGCAAUUUGGAUCUCGGGAAGUUAGUUUCUCCCGCGGAGCCUGACGAGGAAAUUCCCGUAGUUGACGAGAGCGAAGACGAAGAAGACGACAUUCCGUACAUUGAUGGCGUUUCGCGGAACGGAUAUCUCGCAUUAGGCAGCAACGUGUCACUUUCCCGCUCGAAAUCGAUGUCGAAAAGUAUGAGUUUUGGGAAUUUGGGAAGCGGCGUCGCUGCCGAGCAACAAGCUGAAGGCGGGAUUUCUUUCUACGUUUGGAGCUCGUAUUUUCGUGCCGGAGCGAAUAUUUGCGUUUUACUGCUUUUGCUGCUCGUUUUGAUCGGAUCUCAAGCAGUUACGAGUGGUUCGGAUUAUUUCGUCAAUAUUUGGACUCAGCAGGAAUAUUUGCGACAUUUGAACCAAACGACGAUUUUUUCGACUUACGAAUGUUUGUACAUCUAUACGGGACUCAUUUGUGGCGUAAUUUUCAUGACUUGCCUCCGAGGAUGGCUUUUCUUCAAUAUUUGCAUGGCAGCUUCGCGAACAUUGCAUAAUCGGAUGUUUGCUUGUUUGUUGAGGGCUCCGAUGCAGUUUUUCGACACAAAUCCAGGAGGAAGAAUUUUGAAUAGAUUUAGUAAGGAUAUGGGAGCGAUUGAUGAAUUGUUGCCGCGAGCGAUGAUGGAUGCCUUGCAAAUUGGACUUGUGAUGAUUGGGAUUUUGGUGCUGAUUUCUAUCGUGAAUCCGCUGUUGUUGGUCCCGCUGGCAGUGACAAUUGUUCUUUUCUGCCUCGUUUUGAAGUUGUAUUUAAGACCGGCGCAGGAUUUGAAACGAUUGGAGGGAAUUUGCAGAAGUCCCGUUUUCUCUCAUCUCGCUGCAACUCUCAACGGAAUCUCCACAAUUCGAGCAAAUCAGGCACAAAAUAAGGUUUCAACUGAAUUCGACGCCCUCCAAGAUGUCCAUUCUGCAAUUUGGCAAUUGACAAUCAGCUCAAAUACGGCUCUUGGAUUGUGGUUGGAUUGCGUUAGCACGACAUUUGUAGCUUGUGUCGCCUUUUCAUUCAUCGUACUUCACCAAACAACAUUUUCGGGCAACGUUGGCUUAGCAAUCAGCCAAGCAUUGAUACUUACGGGCAUGGUUCAGUACGGAAUUCGUCAAACUACGGAGUCGAUUCAACAAAUGACCUGUGUGGAAAGAGUUUUGCAAUAUAGUAACAUAGAAAGUGAGGUAAAUCCGAAGAAAGUUGCUCCUAAAGAUUGGCCAUGGAAAGCUGAGAUACAAUUCAAGGACAUGUCGUUGUCUUAUGGCAAGUCAAGUCCCGUUCUGAAGAACUUGAAUCUCAAAAUUGAGUCUGCUUGGAAAGUUGGGAUCGUUGGAAGAACAGGAGCGGGCAAAAGUUCAUUAAUUGGUGCUUUAUUCCGUCUCGCGAACAUCGAAGGCAAAAUUUUGAUCGACGGCAUCGACACUGGCGUAAUUUCUCUCGACUCGUUACGCGAAAAAAUCUCCAUAAUCCCGCAAGAUCCCGUUUUGUUCUCCGCCACAAUUCGUUACAACUUGGAUCCCUUCAACAAAUACGAGGAUGACGCCCUUUGGCAAGCCUUGGAAGCUGUCGAACUAAAAUCCUCGAUUCACGGACUGCAUUUUAUGGUUUCCGAGGGCGGUUCGAAUUUCAGUGUGGGACAACGACAACUUCUCUGUUUGGCUCGUGCCAUUUUGCGAGGCAAUAAAAUUCUCGUGCUCGAUGAAGCGACAGCGAAUGUCGAUCCGCAAACCGAUGCCUUGAUCCAGACGACAAUUCGUGACAAAUUCCGGAGUUGCACAGUUUUGACAGUCGCGCAUCGACUUCACACCGUCAUGGACAGCGAUCGAAUUCUCGUGAUGGAAAAUGGUUACGCGAAGGAAUUUGAUGUGCCGCAUUUGUUGUUGCAACAGGAAGGAAGCAUUUUGUUGGAUAUGGUAGAAGCGACGGGACCCCAAGAGAGCGGCUCGUUGAAACAAAUCGCCGAAGAUUCUUACGUGAAGAUGCAAUUACUCGAUCAGCAGAGUAACUUGUUCAAAUUCGAAUAAUUAAUUUUUAAGUUAAUCGUUGUAAUUUUUUUUUGUUUAAGAAGAAGAAGAAGAAUGUUUGAUGAUUGUUUGUUUGUGAAAAAAAAUAAUAUUUUGUUAAGAAAAUAUUUGAAUAAAAACGAAUUUUGGAAUUAUU